AUGGUAUCAACAAUGCAGGCCCCAGUCCAUUCAAAGGUCAACAUUCAGCGACAGUAUAAGGAUGGGCAAGGUUGCGGCGAGAACAACCGCCUCAUUGGUACUGGCGAGGUCCGCGAGCUGAGAACGGCUCAACGCCCGUGUAUCUCAAAAGCUAUAAAGCAAACUUCGCGCGCCACUCGAGACAUAACUCUUUCCUCCUCCUUUCAUCUUCUUUCUUCGAGCAAUUCACUACCUUUUCGACUUGGCUGGGCGCCGAUAAAACCCCAAGCGCGCCUACGAAACCUCGAGCGCGCCUACAAAUCCGACUUCACCAAUACCUGCAAGAUUCCGAAUCUUGCUGCGCGCCUACAAAACCCCGAGCGCGCCUACGAAUUUGCCUUCACCAACACCCGCAAGAUCCCGACCCCGACGGCGCGCCGCCGAAACCAAGACUGCGCCGUUGAAUCCUACGACACCAAAUAUCUUUUGAAUGCCGAAUUCAACAGCGCGCCGCUGAAAUCAAGACUGCGCCUCGACAAGCAGGCUCCCAAGCUAAAAGUCCGAGAGAACGACCGCUGGAGAUGUCAGAGACCAAAAGGCAAGCGACGAGUCCAGUGGGCAGCCAGACUCAACCACGACCAGGCACGACGCGACGCGUGGGUAACUUAUAUCUACCGCGAGCAACCAGAGCCUGAAGCGUUCAUCAAGGAAGUCAGGUCUGCCAACAUACGACGAGGGAUACAUCCACCUCUGAAGACGAAUACUGGUGUCAAAUCGAAAGGUGCGAAAGAGGUAAUCUUUCACCUUGGGGAACAGACUACCGACAUCGAAUCCGACAACGAAGACGCGGCAGGUAUUUUCGACUCCCUGAACAAUCAUUUCGACUCCGGUAUUUCCCCUUCCGAAAGUGCCAACAGUAGUAUGGCUGGAUCAGACGAGGAACUUACGGCAGAUAUGCCAAAUCCAUCUAUCUCUGUCUUCGAACUACCCUCUCUCCGUCGCAAUUCUCAAGAGCCCCCAGACGAUGAAGUUGAGGAAAUAGCUGAAGAUCCCAACUCUCCCGAUGACGACGACAACUUUGGCGAAGGAGGAUCCAGCCGCAAUCCUCUCGGGCUUAAAAUGACUCCACGGGGCUUAUUCUCGAAUAUCGACAGUCCGACUCUAUCACUUGGAGGACGAUCGCACCGAGCGGCAGAGAAACAGAUGCAACAUCUGUAUGACAGAAGUGAUGCCGAAGAUGACGACCCCGAGAUCACCAAUGGUGAUACUGUCGGCUUUAGACGCUAUGCGAAUAAGCCCAAGGAUGGACCCAAACUCUGGAAGUGGGCGGAUGCUCAUGAAGAGCUAACCCGUCAGUACAAAGAGAGCGGAAUGGAGUUCACAUCCGACGACGUACCAGUCGGAAGCGGCCGUCUUGUGGAACAAUAUCGAGCAGUUCGCGGGGUGCUCUAUGACCACUACUUCCCGCUUUCAAAGAACGGUCAGGGUGAGCGCAUAGAAAGGAAUACCGCCAAGGGCCGGCCGGAGGUUAGAUUCGUCCGACAAGCCAAGGAAGCUAUGAAGAGCGCGGCGAUUGCCAAAUGCGAUGGUGGAUACAUCGAACAACGCGGCAAGCGGUGCCAUUACACCAGGGCUCGACGUGACGGCGAGUACAUUGAGCAACGGGGCAAGCGGUGUCACUACACCACCUUUAUUCCGGCAAGACAUAUCCUGAUUGCAGUCCGAUUUGUAGACGCAUACGGAGGUCUUAAUGCAACCAUUGCCGGCAUGUUAUCGGACCUCGACAUGCCACAUUUGGCAUCAAUUGGGCUUUCGGAAGGUGUCUCCACUGGUCAUACCUCUACUACUGGGGCUACUUCUCUGGCCACGCAGGUAGCGGAUGAAGUCAAGAAGAAUACCAACGACAUACUGAAGGUCGAAGAAAAGACCAAGAGUAACACCGCCAAUCUUAACUCCCUCAAGGACGAAACCACCGCCAAGUCUGCUGAAUUCCACAAGACUUUCGCCAAGGUUGCCAGCAGGUUUAAGGAUAUCGCGAAAGAUGUUGCUGAUGCAGGAAAGACUCUAACAGGAAUCGAAACACGCAUCGCCAAGCUGGAUACACGCCUCACCAAGGUCCCCAGACGGUGCCAAAUACAACCAUGA